AAUCUUUGUUUUCUUCUCUGAUCUUGAGUUGUGCCUUCUUGAGACGUCUUUCAGCGGCCGCUGGAUGUCUUCUCUAACGAAUUGGGGUGCAAGGCGCAAAGACUUUGAUGCAAUCUUGUGACUAACGCUUUGCACCGUGUGCAAACGCAGAGCCGGCCGGCCCGAAGGACGGCGGGGGAGGUGAUGGAACACAUGGGGUCCAAAACAGACACACUUCUGUAAUAAAUGUAACAUAUUAAAGGGAAAUAAUUUGGGACGAAGCUCAAUUUCCUAAAGCUAAUGAAUAUUUUGUGUUUAAAACCCAAAUUCAGCUUUGAUUAUUAAUUCACUAAUCGGGAGAGGAUUUCACUGUUUCACACAUCCCAAACUACCGCUCGAGUUCUUCGGGGUCCGCCCACCUCCUCUGAUCAGCCGGCACUCACUGAUUACAUAAUCAAACCACACGGGCCGUGCGCCCUUUCCUCUUGCGUUAUCACUUAGCCAUUAUUUCCAAAUUCAGCAAAACUCGUCUCCGAUUAAAGCAGUCUUACUUAACACCCCGAUUUUAACCCCCGAAAGAUUCCCAAGCACCUGCACGUACAGUGGAAUUAACUUAUCAAUGAGAUACUUUAUUUUUCACUUUGAAUGGAAACAGCCACUCACACUGAGUCUUUAUUGGCAGUGUGGAGCAUAUUGUUAGUUCAACCUGAACAGCUUUGCACUGAGUUGCAGAAACAGGAAAAAAAGGAAGAAAUAUUCGCGUGGAGCUGCAGACCAAAACUCACUGAAGCUGUGUGAGUUUACACAACAGGACCCUUGUGUCAUCUUCAAGACAACCACCGGCCUAAUUCCCUCAUCUCCUUCCUAAUGAUCUCUGUGUUUGUGUGUCUGAUUUAAAAAAAACAAAAAAAACAAAACAAAAAACCAAACAGCUCCACAUCAGGCAUCCGGACAAUUCACUGACGUCAUACCAGCUCGGUGGCAUUCGCCAGACCAGUGCUACCAGUUCACUCUGCCAAGCAGUUGGGGGCUAAUGUUUGCGAAACAGACGGCAAGAAAAAGGAGGAGAGCAGAGGGAGGGAGGAAGGAGCAUGUUUGAAAGAUGAGAACGGGAGAGAGAGAGAGCUCCUCUUAAGUCCUCCGAGCUGGCAGGGCUCAUAACAGAAGACGAGGCUGUUUGCAGCUGCAUUACGGCCGAAAACAGGCAAGACGCAGCAGAGGGUGUAGAAGAGACUCCGGUUAGAAGAACUAUCACUGACCUAACAUGAUGGAGGUGGUCCUAACAAGACUGCGGGACUUCUCCUGCAAGACCUCCACCUUUGAUGACUGCAAGGGAGCACAAGAGAGCACAAGCAGGGACCCUGAGGCCAGAACCAACCAUGUCAAGGAAGGGUGCACAUCUGGUGGAGAAGCAAGCAAACUGGACAUAGAGAGUGCACUGGCCUGGCUGCGAAGGGAACUGAUGGAGAUGCGUUCUCAGGAUCAAGCCCUGAUUCGACAGCUGAUGGAGCUUCACUCAGGCAUCCAGGAGCUCAAGCAGGAGCUGUAUGAGGAGGAGCAAGAGGAGGAGACGUAUGAGGAAGAAGAGGAGGGGAGCUACUGGGACUCUGAGAGUGAACAAGGAAGCGGCAGUCUCUACUCCAGCUCAGUGGAGGGGGGCUUUUCCAUUUCCUGCCUAAAGAUGCCUCAGCAGCUUUAUUCGGGCACUUUAUCGAGGAGGAUGUUCUGCAGGAGAAGCUCUGUGCCUUAAAAAGUCAGACAAAUUUUUCAAAAAUGUGCCUUUUAAGGCAGUUAACAUAGACAAGGUGGAGUACGGUGACCCCAUUUUCCACCGCUUCACUUAAGAAAAAACAAAGCUUAAAGUCAUUUUAACUUACGGCUGCAUACAAACUAGCCAACAAUGUCAUGGCUUAUACUUUAUUUUUAUUUUCAUAACACGAAUAUGACAUUGUAAAUGAAAAAA